UCCUUUCCUGUCAGACAACACUGAGGGAAAUUUGCAUCCACACAGACAUACAUGGGAAGCGCCUGAUUCCCAAACGCUUUGUUACAGCCGCUCGUUUUCUGCCGUUGCAGGAUUAACUCUUCAUCUCUACCGUUUUGGGCUGAAAAGGACUUUAAGGGGUGAAGAUCCGAUUUUUAAAAUUUUAUUGUAUUUUUUUGCAUUCUACUGGAUGAUCCUAACAAAGACGCCAUGACCACAGAUGAAGUGGAAAGUCACCAGAAAAAGCCGAAGCAGGAAGAAGCUGGCCAAGAUUCUCAGCUGCAUCUUCAUGAGGAUGACAACCUUCAGCCUCAAAAUCAAAAUUCUACUAGCCGUGGUCUCUCUCGCCUCUUCUCUUCCCUCCUUAAACGGCGUUCACAGUCUGACAGUGAGGGGGGACAGAGAGAGAAUGAGGAAGAUGAAGCUAAAGCUCCUAUUGCUGAUCCUGAACCUGAAUUGAAAAUAGAGGGAGAGGUUGCCUUGGACCAACAUUCAGUCAGCAGUGCAGAGGUUCAGGCUCUUCAGGCUGAAAAGAAAGAUGCAGCUGAGGACAUGACUGGAAAAGUGAAGGAGAAUAGUGACCAAAAGGAAGAGGCAGUGGUUCCGGACAAGGAGGACAAAGAGAAGGAAUUUGGUUCUGGAAGAAGGGGUAAGGAAGAUGAGGAGAAGACAACAGAGGAGGAAGCCAAGACACCCAGAGCUCCACGCCGACCAAAGACACUGCAGAUCAAAGUCACACUGCUGGAUGAUGCUCUGUUGGAGUGCGAGUUGGAUAAACAUGCCAAAGGUCAGGAGCUGUUCAUGAAAGUAUGUGAUCACCUUAAUCUUCUGGAAAAAGACUAUUAUGGCCUGGCCAUCUGGGAGACCCCCACUAUGAAGACUUGGAUGGAUUUGACCAAAGAGAUUCGUAGGCAGGUGCAAGGGACCAAUUAUAAUUUCACUUUUAAUGUGAAAUUUUACCCACCGGAUCCAGCCCAGUUGUCAGAGGACAUAACAAGGUACUACCUGUGUCUGCAACUGCGGAAGGAUAUUCUGCAGGGCCGCCUUCCUUGCUCAUUUGUUACCCUGGCUCUGCUAGGUUCUUAUGCCUUGCAGUCAGAGCUGGGUGAGUAUGACCCUGAGGUGCACGGCAAUGAUUAUGCUAAGGAGAUGAAAAUGGCCUCAGGUCAGACAAAGGAGCUGGAGGACAAAAUGAUGGAGCUGCACCGUACAUAUAGAAUAAUGUGUCCAGCUCAGGCAGACCUGAUGUUUUUGGAGAAUGCCAAAAAACUCUCUAUGUAUGGGGUGGACCUUCAUCAGGCUAAGGACCUGGAUGGUGUUGACAUCAUGCUGGGAGUUUGCUCAAGUGGCCUGAUGGUUUACAAAGACAAACUGAGAAUCAACCGUUUCCCAUGGCCCAAAGUCCUUAAGGUGUCCUACAAGCACAGCAGCUUCUUUAUCAAAAUACGACCUUCUGAGACAGAACAGUAUGAGAGUGCAAUUGGUUUCAAACUUCCCAAUUACAAGGCUGCCAAGAAGCUGUGGAAAGUAUGUGUUGAACAUCAUACCUUCUUUAGGUUAACUUCCACUGAGAUGGUCACCACCCCGAGAAAGUUCCUGGCACUAGGCUCCAAAUUCCGUUACAGUGGACGGACUCAGGCUCAGACCAGACAGGCCAGCUCUCUGAUUGACAGACCAGCUCCCAUGUUCCAGCGCUCUUCCAGCAAGAGAAACUCACGCAGUCUGGAUGGAGCAAUGGCCACUACACCAGACAACAAAUCUAGUCGUCCGGUCAGUGCCCCUGUUAUGUCACCAGUAUCUCCAGGUGAGGCAAAGCCAUCACCACUGCUACCCACACUGCCUCGUCAUGGCCAUCCUGAUGGCUCGACACCCAAAAUCCAACGCCACACGGAUUGGAAAAGGGAGCUAAAGACAGAAUGUAAGCCAGAGCACACCAAGAGCCCAAAGCCACAGUCUGCUUCAGAAAUAAAGACUGUUGCCAAGAGAGAGCGAAGGAACUCCCCAUCCAUGACCAAUAGGGAGAAAGAAAAAAAGAGCCAGCUCUCUGUUCAGGAUAAAAAGAUGGAAAUGGUUCGAGUAAGGAAGAAGAGACCCAAGAGACUUGAGGGAGAAACUAUUUAUAUCAGACAUAGCAAUUUAAUGUUGGAGCUCAACCCGAAAUGGUUUGCAUGCACCAUUUUCCUAUCUGAUUGUCAUGACCUUGAUAAGACCCAAACUGAGAUCAUGCGUCACCACACUAGUAUCAGUGAGCUCAAGAGAAGUUUUAUGGAGUCAGUACCAGAACCUCGACCGAGUGAGUGGGACAAACGCCUAUCUACCAACUCGCCUCUUCGCUCAGUGAGCCUCAAUGGGCAGCUGCAACCAGUGUCUCCAGUUCUAAGGGCCCAAACAGUCACCAUCUCAGAUGUUACCAACUCUCUAAGAGGAACUGUGACCUACAAGGACAUUCCUUUAGUUCACACUGAGACAAAAACCAUCACAUAUGAAUCAGCACAGCCUGUGGAAACCCUAGCAGAGAAGGAUUCAGGAGUGCUGCUGAGUGCCCAGACUAUCACCUCUGAGACUAUCAGCACCACCACCACAACCCAGAUCACUAAGACGGUGAAAGGAGGAAUUUCUGAGACUCGAAUUGAGAAGAGAAUUGUCAUCACUGGAGACACAGCAAUUGAUCAUGACAAGGCUUUGGCUCAGGCCAUUAAAGAGGCAAAGGAGCAGCACCCAGAUAUGUCUGUUACCAAAGUUGUUGUACACCAGGAAACAGAAAUAACUCCAGAUUAAGAAGCAUUUUACCUCAGCAACCAUAGUUAUCACAUCCAGCUGCCCUGCUUUCAGCAUGAUAAACCAGACCUUGUCAGAGGGAAGAGGCCUCAGCGGGAAAAUAUGUUUUCCUCCAAGAGUUUGAGUGUUGGUUGAAGGAGACAGUCGCUAAAAAGUUCCCAAGUUUCCAGAAUUUCCAACAACACCCUUUCUAUUCCAUUUUCUGCCUUCAGUGCAUAUCCUAAAGUUUUAAAUAAAAAUGAAAUUCAAAAAAUACAUUUUUUCAUAGUUAUAGGGGUAUAAUAUUUGUGAAUUUGUUCCUCUCCCAUUUUGUGGAGAUUUUAAGAAAAAAAAAACUUUUAAGGGCAUUUGGUCUUUUAAUCUUGAGAAUCCUACUUUAUUUUUCUACGACUUUUCUUAUCAUCAGAAUUGGUUACCAAAAUCUUAAAAGUUAAAAGUUUUUUAACAAAGUUCUGAAACUGCACUGAACAAAGAUUGUGAGAUUCCACAAGCUGGGACUGGAACAUUCCUCUCAAAGUUUUCAAAUUAGUUGAUACUUUCUGUACAGUAAAUACUUUAUUUUCCUUCUUAAUGUGAAAAGAUAUUUUUUCAUUUUAUGUACAAAGAGAUUGAUUUAUCAAAGCAGGGCAAUUAAUUUUCUGGUGGAAUGACUUUUUUCCCCCAUUUGAAAUUUGGCUUUGACAUCCUUUGACUAUUUCAGUUGUUGUAGUGCUUGUGUCACACAAAGGGUGUGGGGGUCAUUAAGAUCACCUUGUAUUGAAACUACCUUCAUUUAUUUAAUACCAUCAUUGUAUUUUUAAUGUGUUUUAUAGUUCAGAUUUAGAUUCAGAGCAGUGUUUGACUCUAUAGAUCUUUCCUAGUUGUCAAAUUCACUUCUUUCCCUUUUUAUUGAGCAGUGUAUAAUUUCAGUAUUUCUGAAUUUCAUUCCCUUUUACUCUUCUAAAUGGACAGUGUAUACUCUUUCAUAUUAAUGGCUCUAUCAAAAUAAAAACGUGAAAAGUUCAGAAACUGACACACAGCAUUAUUAAUGCUCAAAACCGAAAUGCUGACCAACCUGCCUCAAAUGUCUUCGACCGUCUUUUAACCUUUUCAACAGUUUGUUUACUCUAUUUGUCACUUCUACAUAACUACACAGUUUUCUCAAAAUGUUUCCACAGAAUUUUGUUGACAGAGGUGUGUAAAGAUCAAGUAAAGCAAGAGAAAGGGAAAAACAUGAUGCCUAUAGAGUAUAAUGUCCACAGAAAAAGGAAAUGGGUGAUUACAGUAAAAUGAGUCAGAACAAACUCCAAAGACAUUUGAAAAGUAACAAACCAGCAAAACUUUGAAAUCAAGGUGACUUUUCAUUACUGAUGUCCUCCUUUUUAGAACAACCACUUUACAAGAACUGAGACUAAAAGCAUAGCUGCAUUUUUCUGAGUAUUAAUUGUACAGCAACAUAUAAAACUGUUAGUUUAUUCAGGGGUACCAGAAUGAGCCUUUUAAUUUUGCACUGCCCAGUCAGAUGAGAUGUAUGUUAUCGGUAUGACUUGUGAUUUUGUCCAUAUUUGUACAUGAUGCUUUAUUUCUUUACUCCGUUUAGUAUUGCAUGUUACAGUUACUUCACUUAGCUGUCUAAUUCAUCACUACUUUUCUUUGUCUUAUGGACAUUUUUAAUAUUUUCUUUACUGUGAACCCACACAACACCAGAUGAAGACUUGUAAAGACCACCAUGCAUAAAAUAAAGAACUUUGUAGGUA